AUGAGCUUCGGCAUCGUGAUAGGAAAUGAAUCUGCCAUUGAUAUAACAGAAAACGCAAUAGAAACAACAGAAAAAAACACAAGCGUGUCUACCACUGAAGAUUACCACAAAAAUGAAAUUUACUUCACAACGAAACUAUACACUAAUCCUGUUAAGAAAAUAUUUCAAGAAAUCGCUCUAAGAAACAAAAAGCUGCACAUUAACAAUAGUCUGAUUGCUGAUGCUGGCCCCUCCUUAUAUGAUUAUCCAGAAGUGUGGUGGACUAUCAAAACAACAGAACCCGUGAGAAUAGCAAAUAUAUUCCACAGAAACCCUGGUGAAAUUAACGUAGUCACUAAAGCUGGUGAUAAAGAGUUCAAACUCAAAAUGAGGAAAGAAGAAACUCUAAAACCAAAAAUUGUCAAACCAAAACACAAAUUAAUCAAAAGGAAAAAGAAGAAAAAACUAGCGCAGAGGAAUGGAACUAAUAAAUUUUUUAAAAUACGCAGAAAAAAGAAGAGAGUCACUCUGACUACUGGAGCUACUGCUAAAACUGUGAAAGGUGAUACUUAUAUGUUUAUUAUAAACAGGGAUGAUAAUAAAGGUGAUUUGUCCGUAGAAGCGAAUGCUACUAAUAUAUUAGUUGAUAUAAGAAAAAAAAAUAGCUCGAAAACUAUUCAUGCUUCAGUGAAAUCAGCAUUUCUCAUUAAUAAAAAUGAUGAUUUAGGUAACUAUGAUUAUAUAAUACACGCGGUAAGGAAAAAGAAUGCCACUUCUAAUUCUGAAUCAGAUGGUUACGACUACUACUAUGGUAACGUUGAUGACAAUAAGGAAAAAACUAUAGUGAAAGUUUUGAAACCUGAUGAAACUGGUAAAGGAUUGGAGAUGCUCAAGAAAGGUGGUAGUAUUUUAAUACGACCAGAGAACACAGGCGAACUUGAGAAAGUACUCAAAAAAGGUGUCAUAAAUCAAAUGACAACAAAAACUAUGACAACUAAUGUGAACGGUAUACCUCAACAAGGGAGGUUUCCUCAACCCUACGGCCCAAAUUAUCCUAGAAACGCGAACCCAAAUAUGAAUUCUUUUAUGAGAAAUCCAAAUUUCAUGAGAAACCCGAUGAACAUAUAUGGAAAUAACGCUAACCAAAAUUUCAACAGAAACCCGUUACAAAACAGAAACAUAGCUGGCAACUUUCAAAAUGGCAACAAUUUUGCUAGACCACAGUACAAUCCGAAUAUGAACAACUUUAAUCGAAAUCCAAAUCAAAAUUUCAAUUAUAACAGAAAUCAAUUCAACCGGAACAUAAAUCAUGAUGGAUAUCCACCCUAUCAAAACUUUAACGGGAUUCCUAAUGCAGGUUUUAAUAUGAACCAAAACUUUGAUAGGAGAAGACCGUAUAACCAAAAUUUCGCUCCUCAACGCUAUAACCCAAAUGCUAAUUUUGAUCCAUUUAAUAAGAAUGCGAAUUAUAUCUAUAAAGACCCAGGUCCUAACCAAGUAUACGCAUCACCACCAAUAUCUCAACCAAACGCCAAUAACAAUCCAACUUUUGAAGGGGAUCAGCAAAGGAAUAUAGGAAGAGAAGAUAAUGUCACCAGAGAGACUACUACCACUCCAGCUACAGUCACUGAAGCACCGAUUGCAACUCCAGAUGCAGUCAGUGAAGCAACGAUUGCCACUCCGGACGUAGACAAUGAAACGACGUUUACAACCACAACUGAAGAAACUCCUGAUCCCCAAAUUGAUCCUGAUGCUUAUCUACCUACUAUUGCAGGCACAGGAUUAUUCGAAGGCAUGGGUUUGCCAGGUGGCGGUGCGCCUGUAACGACUUCUACGACUACUACAACUAGAAGAACUAGAGGGAGAAGAACUAGCGUAAUUACAACUACUAUUCUAACCCGUCCUUAUCUUAUGACUUCAGUAGUAACUAUGAAAGGGGGUAGAGGACCUAUGACUAUUUCGACGCCUCCAAAUUUCGAGCCUCCUACAGAUUAUAUAGACACAAUGUUCAAUGAAGAAGACGGAAUGGCAUUAUUUAAAGCUGUCGAAAAGAUCUACAACUUUCCGAAUGUACCUUUUGGAGUAGAAAAGGUGCUCAGAGAUUUGUCUGAGGCUAUAUUUCAUCCCUUAAUCAGAUACCACGGUAGGGCCAAAGAAAAGGUAUUAUUGGAUUCCUUAAACCAGCUAAUCGAGAAUCAUAUGACCGCGGCUCCGGUGCAAAGACGACAUCAGAAUUAUAGAACGAAAGUAAUAAAAUUUCGAUCAAAAUUAAAAAGUGAUGUCACUGAUUUAAAAUAUAUUAACGCUGUAGCAAACGAAUACAAUAAUGCAAAGCGUACUGCUAAUAUAGAACCUAAACUGUUUGAAGUAAUAAAGAACAAUUUGAAUAAAUCUGAAACUAAAAGCAUCGAUACCGCCAAAAUCAUAAAUUUAACACAGAAAAUGGAGAAAAAACUUAGAUACGAAAUAAAAGAUGACAAGUUGACAACGAAAAACUUAAAAAUAAGUAAAAUACAAAAUAAUAAUGAAGCUGAUAAUGUGAUUGUUAAAACGACCACGCCGAUGAAAGCUGCGGUGAAUAUGACAAAUACAGAAAAGCAUAAGAACAAGAAAUCCCAUCACAAGAAAGUAUCGAUCAACAAACUUUUGCGACUGAAAAUGAAGCAUCCGAAAAUGUACAAAAAGUAUUUCAAGAGGAAAAAGAAACGCACGCAAAACAAAAGACAGAGGAAACAAAAGAAAUCUCACAGAACGCAAUCGAAAUACAGACUGUCGACGGCGGAGAAGCUCCUAUUGAAAUAUAAAAUAAUAGAACACGAAUAUCAGAAGCUAUUAAAGCAUUACAGCGCUAAUAAAAAGUUGCAGAAACACAAGAUAUUCAACAAAAUAUACAAUCAUAGGAAAUCUAACGACGAACAAUCCCCGUUAAGUCAUGCUAAAAAUAUUGCUGUUUCUAGAAAAACAAUGAAACCAAAAUCCAAUAAAGACGUGAGCAAACAGAAAUUUGGUCGAAUACAAAAAUGGCGGCCGAUUCAAGUUGAAUCCACCGAUCAAACAACAUCCUAUUUGAACGCAAAGAAAUUCACACCGGAAGAUCAUGUUUUACUGAAUAAGUUUCACAAUUUCAACAAAGUACUUACGAGGAAAUCACUUAAUGGAAACUAUAAUCCUCCAAUUGAACAUUCUAGUUACAGCAGCGAAGGGAGUAUUUUGAAAGACAAUAUCGAUCACGCAAUGAAACAUGAUAAUUUUAAUGUUAUCAAAGAAUCAAGAAACAAAAUCAACCAACUAUCGAGCUUUAGUAGCGAAGAAGUAAUUUUGAAAUCUAAAAUUUACAAAAUACUCCUAUCUAAUGAUGAUUCUAAAAGCAGCAGUGAAGAACUCGAUGCUAGCUAUAAAAAGAGAUUGAAAGAUGGCGUCAGAAGGUAUCUAUUAAGUAGAAGGAAUUUUAGAGCUAUAGACGCAAUGUCCUCUUAUAGCGACGAUGAACAAUUAAUAAAGAAAAAAUUAAACAUUUAG